CAUUUUAUGGACUUCUUUAGAUGCGUUUAUUAUGGCCUGCUUUGUGGAGAAGGGUUACCGCUUUGUUCUCAUCACACAUUUUCCUCUUUGUGUUUAUAAACUUUUCUUUUUGUUUUAUUUUUACUCAAGUUUGGAGAGAGCUUAUAAUGCCCUAGAGGAAGGUUUUAGGAAUUUUAAAUUCCAUCACUCAAGUGAAGGGCAAGGAAGGAUAGUCUUGUUAAAAUACUGGACUGAGAGAGAGGAUAUCUGAGUUUGGUCCCUACCUCUGCCUGAGAAGAUGUGUGUUCAAGCCUUGACUCUGCCACGGACUUCGUGUUCACAUGGGGAAAAUCACUUAGCACCUGAUUCUGCUGCACUUACAUUGAAGGUGAUGGAACUACCCACAGAAUGAGUCUGCAGAGUUCUUUGAAAUGCUGGAAAAAAUGCAGGCACCAAAACCUGAAGACCAGAGAACUGGAAGCCAGAAAAAUAAGGAAGAUUACAUCCCAUACCCCAGCAUUGAUGAGAUUUUAGAGAAAGGAAGCCCUUAUCCCUUGAUCAUUCUGCCCCAGUUUGGAGGGUACUGGAUUGAAGAUCCGGAAAAUCUCAGCACGCCUACCUCAUCGGAUAGCAGCAUCUCUGAAGAGGAAGAGGAAAACCUUAGCCCUAGCACGUAUGGGUAUAAAUUAGAGUGCAAAGCUGAAGCCAAGGCAUACAGAAAACACUUUCUAGGGAAGGAUCAUUUAAAUUUUUAUUGUACAGCCAGCAGCCUAGGGAAUCUGAUCCUUUCUAUUAAGUGUGAAGAGGCAGAUGGUACUGAAUAUUUACGGAUUAUACUCAGGUCCAAACUAAAAACAUUACAUGAAAGAAUUCCCCUGGCAGGACUUAGCAAGUUUCCUAGUAUCCCACAGAUUGCAAAGGCUUUCUGUGACGAUGCCUCCGGACUGAAAUUUAACCCAGUCCUGUACCCCAAGAGAAUAAAACAAGACAAAACAAAAGAAGCCAUAGUUGCUGGGAACAACUGUGCCUCUCCUGUAACAAUGAAUCUCCCCUUGGCAUCCCAGAUGAUAGUGUCUUAUGAUGAGCAUGAGCUUAAUAACACAUUUAAAUUUGGUGUGAUUUAUCAAAAGUUUAAACAGACUUUAGAGGAAGAAUUGUUUGGGAAUAAUGAAGAGAGCCCUGCUUUCAAGAACUUCUUGAGUUUGCUAGGGGAAACCAUAACACUCCAGGAUUUCAAAGGUUUUCGAGGGGGUCUGGAUGUAAUGCAUGGUCAGACUGGUACCGAGUCGGUGUACACGGUGUUCAGGGACAGAGAGAUUAUGUUUCAUGUCUCCACAAAGUUGCCUUUUACUGAAGGAGAUGCACAGCAGCUCCAGAGAAAGAGACACAUUGGUAACGACAUAGUGGCAAUUAUAUUUCAAGAAGAAAACACUCCAUUUGUCCCAGACAUGAUUGCCUCAAAUUUCCUGCAUGCAUACAUUGUUGUGCAAGUGGAGAGCCCUGAGACAGACAACGAAUCUUACAAGGUGUCGGUCACUGCCCGGGAAGACGUCCCUUCGUUUGGCCCUUCUCUGCCAAGCCCACCAGUAUUUCAAAAAAACACAGAGUUCAGGGAGUUCCUGCUUACCAAACUCAUCAAUGCUGAAAAUGCUUGCUGCAAAUCUGACAAGUUUGCAAAGCUGGAGGACCGGACACGAGCUGCAUUGCUGGACAAUCUCCACGAUGAGCUCCAUACGCACACACAGGCAAUGCUAGGGCUGGGGCCGGAGGAAGAUAAGCUUGAGAAUGGAGGUCAUGGAGGUUUCUUGGAAUCAUUUAAGAGAGCCAUUCGAGUCCGCAGCCAUUCAAUGGAAACCAUGGUGGGGAGUCAGAAGAAACAUCACAGUGGAGGGAUUCCAGGGAGCCUGAGUGGAGGAAUCACCCACAACAGUGGUGAAAUAACAAAGACCACUUUCUCACCUCCCGUAGCCGCAGCAACAGCCAAGAACCAGUCAAGGAGUCCUAUUAAGCGACGGUCGGGGUUGUUCCCCCGCCUACACACUGGAUCAGAAAGCCAAUCGGAAAGCAGGACGAGAUGUGACAGUGUCUCAGGAACACAGAAGACACCAGACGGGGGACAUUCUUCUCAAGACAUGAAAUCAGAAACCUCAUCUAACCCUAGCUCUCCUGAAAUAUGCCCCAACAAAGAAAGGCCAUUUAUUAAAUUGAAAGAGAAUGGAAGAUCAAACAUCUCACGCUCUUCAUCGAGUACCAGCAGCUUCGGUAGCACGGCAGGGGAGAGCGAAACCUUGGAAGAAUACGACAGCAUGGGCAGCCAGCCAUCCACAGCUUCGCCUUUCAAACAGGACGUGUUUGUCUACGGCUCUUCUCCCAGCAACGAGAAUCCAAGCAUGGCAGCUGCCGCUACACCGGUGAUCAUGAGCAGGAGUCCCACAGAUAUAAAGAGCAGAAACUCUCCGAGGUCCAAUCUAAAGUUUCGCUUCGAUAAGCUUAGCCAUGCCAGUUCCAGCACGAGUCACUAGCAGGCAACAGACAACAUGAACUUGUAAAAGUUUAUUUCUGUUAUAACAAAGGGAAAAAUUGUUCUCUUCCAACAUCAAAUGGGAAACCAUAUUAGCUACACUAAUAGCAACUGCCACGCUGCAUUGUGAAAUCUUCACCUAUUCAGCUGUACCUUUAAGUAAGUCGAGAAGAAACUGCCAUCUCGCAGUCAUUUCUGUAUUCUAACAAGAACCCAUCUUUUCAGAACGGUAAGCAAGUUGCUCGACUCCCAUUUUGUCUGACAAAACCCAUCCUUGCACUGCAGCAGGAGAUGCAUUUUCCACCAUGUACUUGAAGCAACUUCAUCCUCUCGCUUGGUACUCUGAAAUGCGUUAGCCUCGUGUGUACUGUAGUUAUUUGUCCUAAGAUGAGUGUCGUUCAUCUUGUAUAGCUUUCACUGGAAAAAGACAAUUCAAUAACAAAUCCUGUUUCCCACAGGCUUUUUCAUAUCGCAACUCCGUGUCUAUCAAUUUGAGCUAGCAUAUGAUUUUCCUUGUCCAGAAAGUAAGCAGGACAGACAUUCUCUGUCAUUUCAGGAUGUCGCUGUGCUUUAGUUACCUAAUGAAAAACAGCUUGCCAGUUUUUGUUUUUUAAGGGUGUGGGGAGCUUGUCAGGAGACAUGCACAAGCUCUUUCAACUAUAUUUAUUUGACUCUCAGCUUGGACAGGAGGGAUUUCCUCUUCCUCCUCCUCACUUUGCUCUGAUUCAUUAGGGGAUUUUGGAGACAAGCAAGGGCAAAAAUCUGUGCUGCUGUAAAUCAGUAGAUAUUUGACUUCAGAGAGGGACCGUGGAUGUGGCCCCGUGCGUGAACUUGAGCAGUAACGUCUGUGGGCCUCUGUUCCCUUCCUCCUCGUUAGGGUAGGAACCGUCUCAGAUGAUGGGUCUGUUCAAUGGCAAGCACAAUAGGACCUUCAGGCACUCCCACACUAGAAAUAAUACUAAUGGAGGCUCUGCCAUUUUACAGUAGAGAAUUUGGUCCUCGCUUUUUAGGAGGGCAUAUGGACUGGAGAAUAGCCACUUGGCUGGAAUCUAUGCCCAGCAAGCAAAUUACAAGCUUUUAAGAAGCGG